AUGGCCCAGGUUACUGUUGGUGUGUUGAUAGAAAAGCAAGAACAAGAAAACCGAGAUCAAGACACAACAGAUGAAAUGCGCAUUAAACUACUGAGUGACAAUGAAUUGCAGGAAAAGCUUCUCAUGUACGGUGCCGAGCCUGGACCAAUACUACCUUCUACAAGGACUCUUUAUGAGAAUAAACUACUGCAGUUGGUGAAUCCACGUCCACAAGGAUUAUGUGGCAAGCCAAAGGAAAGUGGAGGUCUUGAUCGGAGCUCAGAGAGUGAGGAAGAAAAAGAGACCAGUACUGAAGUAGUCCUUGAAACAAAAGACUUCAAAGUGACAGCAGCUUGUGCCACUGGCUACAGUAAAGCUCCACACACUGAAUUUUCAGAACGCCACAAGAAACUCCUAGCACCUGAUGCAGAUUACAGUCUUGCCAAGAUAGUGGCAGAGGAAAAGCAAAUAUUGCCAGAGGAUAAGUUGCCAGCACAUCGGCCACAAGGACAGAAGAGGUCAGGUGACAGCAGUCCCCAGGCUACUCGUAGGACAAAGGCAGCUGACACAACGGGUUGCUCAAUUGGCAAAGAUGAUGGUCAAGGUGAAACAUGGUUUCCUGAUCCCCGGUCUCCCAUAGGAAUAAGUCCUGCUAGGAGAAGAUCAGUGAGAGAGAGUGACCCAUCAACACAGAAUAUUGUGGAGAAAUCCAAGGUGGAAAAGGAGAAUCUUGAGGCAGCAGCAUUAGAGCGGGAGGAGGCCCGUCGAGGAAUCAUACCGAUGCCCAUAAGGAUUGCUAUACUCGCUAUCUUUGUUUUCAUACUCUUUGUGUAUGUAACUAUGGAGACCAACCCAGACAAUCCAUUCACAAACUUUAUCACAGGAAGAGGAUAG